CUCUCCCGGAGCGGGGAUGGGGGAGGGGAGAGGAUGGGGGGUGCUUCCCUCUCUGCGUCCCAAACAAAGUGUCACAAAGAGCUCGGCCGGCGGCAGCAGCGGCGGAGGCGGCUGCAACUCAGCUUUUGUUCUCCCGGCCGGGGUAGCUGAGCCUUGGCCUCCCAAUCUCCCAACCCUGCCCCCCAUCAUCCUUCUAGCUUAUCUUCCCCGGGAGGGGACUGGGGUGCUGCUGGAAGAAUCUCUUCUGCAGGAUCACAGGUCCUGCCCUACUUGCCAACCUACUUCUGGGAGGGAGAUUUUCCCAGAGGCUCUCCUGCCUACCCCCACCCCCUAAUCUGAGGACUGAGACUCAUAUGGGUGCUAAGACUCUGACCUUUCUAGGGUCAGCUCCAGUUAAGGGGACUUAGGGCUGGCGCCAUGCCCCCUCCCCCAAAUCAAGGUCCUCUAGAACUUUCAGAAGAGGGGUCAAGUUGGGACAUGCCUGGGAAAUAAGAUUCGCCAUGGUGGGGUGGCAGGUGUACCUUCCUCUUGUCUCCUGCUGCACAUUUGGAGUCAAUGAUUGAGGUGCCAUGCCCCCAAAUCAGGACAGUGAGGAUGGAGGAAGGAGGCUUUACCAAGAACUCAGUGUAAAAGAUGGGCGUGUUGUGAUGUGGGGUCAGUUUAGAGGAACUCCCUGAGCAGUGAGGUUCAGAGGGCCAUGGAUAGGAGACCAUGAAAGUGAGCUACUGGCAUGUACUUGCAAUAAAAGUGGUCUUGAUUCUAGACCACCUAAGAAGCCCCUUUUCUUUCUUACCUCAUCUUGUGUGGCGUUAAUCAUAAUUGGUAGCAGACUUCAGAGGUGUGGGAUUCUCUACAGGGGGAAGAGCAUCAAAUAUUAGAAAAGACCAGUGACAGAGGCUUCAUCACAACUAUACCUCCGAAGUCCUGAAUCCUUGCCCCUUACACUUUGACCCUAAAAACUUUUGAACCACGGGUUUGAGGUCCUUCAGGCAGCAAAUGCUUCUGUGUACCUGUCCUUGUUUCUGAGUCUUCUCACCAACCCUUCCAGCCCUCCCUAAAGCAAUAAGGUUGAUGAUCCACAUGCCCUUCCCCACCAGCUUUCCUAGCACACAAAAAUAAUUGGCCUGUUGCUUUGGAACGAUUUCCGAUCCCUAUCCCUGGCUCUGUAUCCCUAUAGAACCCAAAUAAGGGCCAGAUAACCCCUGAUUCCCAGUGAGGGUGGAAAGUAGGUCAGUACUCCUGUCUGACCAAAUCUCGUGGAUGGUGUUUAGGGCCUAACUAUAGAAAACUCUGUGAUAAUUGCCCAUAGGCAAUACAUGCAUGCUGUGGGUUCCAAGCUGGUUCAUAGCUCUUGGACCCUGUUAGUGCUCUUUUCUGUUGAGAACAAACAAAACAAAACAAAACAAAACAAAACACUCGUGGGAUCAGGUGCCUGGGGCCUCCUUUGGUGUGGAGAUGACUCAGGAGGUCUUGACUGGGCCUAAGAAGGUGUCCAGGUGGGUUUUGUUGAUUUGAGGCUACCCUCUAGGGAAACUUUCCCUGUUUGGGAAUUCAGCUUCAAUUUAGGCCUUCUUGUAUAUCACUUUUUUCCAUCCUGGAAAAUGCUAUGUGUAAAGUAGGUCUUCUGUUUUUGUUUUGUUUUGGUGGAGGAAGCUUUGUCCUGUUCCUACUCUACUUGCUUCAUAUAUGAGGUCAGCCUCCCAUGAGGUAUUUUGCUUGCUGUGCUACAGGCAAUUUUAGGGGCCCUAGAAUCUUCUCAGAAUCAGAAUAUGUGCCCAUAGGUUAGUCAGCUAUGACCAUGCAGUAUUCCCAGCCUCCCCCCCUCCUCCCCCACCAUCUGCUUCCUCUGAAUAUACCAGAUUGGCUGUACACCAGGAUGUUCCGGGAAUCCCCAGGAGAGCAACAGAAUGUGAUGGACCCAAAUACGAUGCCUCAGUAACUCAUUCCAGGAUGUACAAACUGUAACUGUCAGGACACUCCUUAUAGCUAAUUAAAAUUCUUCUAGUUACAUCUAUUUUCUAUUACACUUAUCUAUUUUCAGUGACAUCUAAAAGGCCAAAAUAAUUCCUCUGGUACCAGUGUUCCCCACCCCCCCAUAGUUCCGAGAUAGGAAUUAAAAAAAAAAUCCUCUGGCUUUUUUCAGUGCUUUAUCUGUGGUGCUAAAAUGGCAAAUGUGGCCCAUCUAGUACUUCCAACUCUUUCUAUGGUACCGAGGUGGCCAAAGUGGCUCCUCUGGUAGCCCACUGCACUCUCCAUGGUACUGAAGGGAUGACCAUUUGUUUUUAACAUCUCUCUGGGGUCCAGAAGAGUCCUGUGACUCAGAACCACAAAUUUUUGAGCUGGAUGGGACCAUUAAUAUAAAUUAGUCCAACUUCCUUAUUUUACAGAUGAGUAAACUGGGAGGUUAAGUGAUUUACUGAAGGUUUCAGGGCUAUUAAUAGACUGGGCCCACAAUAGCCUUGCACUCCUCAGUCCUACUCUUUAAUUCACCUUUUGUGACAGUACACAUGGAGCCUAGCUGGGCUCUUGGUCCCAGGAAAGGGGUUUGUUUGGAGGAUCCAGAAGAUGAUGGUGGAUGCCCUAAUUUGGAGCUACAGAAAUACAAAUGUUAAAUGUGGUGGUGGAGGUUGUUUAAUGACCCUUGGAUGAGGACACUUUGUCAGUCAACCUCCUGUUAAUAAAAUUCCCUUAACCCAGAUUUCACAUGUAACAGGUACCUGCCCCUUUAUGGAAUCUUAUCACAUUCACAUUCAUUAAAUGUCAAAAAUUAAAGAAGGCUUGGACCUCCAGAGCCUUUUCUUUUUGCUGAUGAGCAGGGCUGACUCCUGGUCCGGUUCUCUUCUGUUAAAGAACCUUAAGCAAAGUAAUGCUUGAGUCCUUUUCUUUCUCAGUAGCCCAUUUCAGUUUCACAAUACCUAUUGUAUGGAAGUUCUUUAUAUCUCAAAUAUUCUUUCUAUCUCAGGCAAAAAAAUAGGUUAGGCCCACAUUCAUCCAGCCUCAACUGGAGACAAUUUUAUAUGUAAGCAGGAAGGUAGGCUGGCUGACUUCUGCUCAUCUUCCCCAGGCCUGUUUCCAUGAAUGUUAAUUCUGGGGUUGCUUCUAAGUCCUAAUGCUAACUAACCUCUGCAGCUUAGAAUCAGGAGAGCACCCCCCCACCACCACCCCAGCUUCUUCUCAGUGCUCUUCUCCUUCCUCAGAACUGGAGCUCUGCACAUCCCAGGCCCAGGGAAUUUCAGCCUGGAGAAUUUUAACCCUUUCCUGCUCAGAGCAUGUGCUGAGCCCCUAUCUGUGCAGAUGGCCCAGCCCCGCCCCCCGUCCCUCACUCCAGCCUCUUGAGCUCAGAGCCAGUGUAAUCCUCCUCUUGUGUGAGGGAGCCUCUCCCCUGCAGAGAGAAGGAAAGCCUGCCUCGGAACAGCCCUGGACAAAGGGGCUGAGAUGCCCCAUCAAACUGCAGGCUCUAAGCUCUUCAGCACCUGUUGCCUUCACUAGCAGCUCUUCCUCCUCCUCUUCCCUGCACUCCCCAGAACCAAAGAAUGUGAAGGGGGUCCAUGGAGGGCUCACGUCCCCGCGCUCCGGGCGGCCAUUUAGCGCCCUCGCCGCCCGCCUUCGACGGCGAACUGGAUCUGCAGCGCUACUCCAACGGGCCAGGCGUGAGCGCCGGGUCUCCAGGGAUGGGAGCAGUGGGCUGGUCCGAGAGUCGCGCAGGGGAAAGACGCUUCCCUUGCCCUGUAUGCGGGAAGCGCUUCCGCUUCAACUCUAUCCUGGCUUUGCACCUGCGGGCGCACCCAGGCGCCCAGGCCUUCCAGUGCCCGCACUGCGGCCACCGCGCCGCGCAGCGGGCCCUGCUGCGCUCGCAUCUGCGCACGCACCAGCCGGAGCGUCCGCGUAGCCCCGCCGCACGCCUAUUGCUGGAGCUGGAGGAGCGCGCGCUACUGCGCGAGGCCCGGCUGGGGAGAGCCCGAAGUUCUGGGGGCAUGCAGUCCACCCCUGCCACUGAGGGCCUGGCGCGGUCCCAGGCUCCUUCGUCGUCCGCCUUCCGUUGCCCCUUCUGCAAAGGCAAGUUUCGCACCGCGGCGGAGCGCGAACGCCACCUGCACAUCCUGCACAGGCCCUGGAAGUGCGGCCUGUGCAGUUUUGGCUCCAGCCAGGAGGAGGAGCUGCUGCAUCACAGCCUGACGGCCCACGGAGCUCCUGAGCGCCCCCUGGCGGCCAGCUCGGCUGCACCCCAGCCUCAGCCUCCGCCCCAACCUGAACCCAGAUCAGUCCCAGAGUCUGAUCCGGAGCCUGAACGAGAGGCAGCGCCUGCCCCCGCUCCCGCCGCUCCAGAGGAGCCCCCCGCGCCCCCGGAGUUCCGCUGUCAAGUGUGUGGCCAGAGCUUUACGCAGUCCUGGUUUCUGAAGGGCCACAUGCGCAAGCACAAGGCCUCCUUCGAUCAUGCGUGUCCCGUGUGUGGCCGCUGCUUCAAGGAGCCCUGGUUCCUUAAGAACCACAUGAAGGUGCAUGCCAGCAAGCUGGGGCCACUGCGCGCCCCGGGGGCUGGUUCCGGGGCUGCCCGGGCCCCCCAGCCUCCUGACCUGGGCCUGCUGACCUAUGAGCCGCUGGGCCCCGCGCUCCUCUUGGCCCCGGCUCCCACUCCCGCCGAGCGCCGUGAGCCUCCGAGCCUCCUGGGGUACCUGAGCCUGCGAGCUGGCGAGGCCCGGCCUAAUGGUGAGGGUGCCGAGCCUGGGGCUGGCCGCGGCUUCGGAAGCUUCCGCCCACUGCCCUCUGCUCUCCCAGCCCGGGCUCGCCGGCAUCGCGCAGAAGAGCCAGAGGAGGAAGAGGAGGUGGUGGAGGCAGAGGAGGAGACCUGGGCCCGCAGCAGGGCGUUGGGCCCUCUGGCUUCACUGCACCCGCGCCCAGGCGAGGGGCCAGGGCACUCUGCGUCUGCUGCGGGGACCCAAGCAAGGUCCACCGCCACACAGGAAGAGAACGGGCUGUUGGUUGGAGGGACCCGGCCUGAAGGGGGCCGCGGAGCCACAGGAAAGGAUUGCCCCUUCUGUGGAAAAUCUUUCCGCUCAGCGCAUCACCUUAAAGUGCACCUUCGAGUGCACACAGGCGAGCGCCCCUACAAAUGUCCGCACUGCGACUACGCGGGCACCCAAUCCGGCUCGCUGAAGUAUCACCUGCAGCGCCACCACCGAGAGCAGAGGAGUGGGGCGGGCCCCGGACCACCCCCAGAGCCGCCGCCCCCUUCCCAGCGGAGUGCCGCACAGCAGUCGGGAGCCAAGGCGGCUCCGCAGCCUGCUACCUGGGUGGAGGGCGCUGCGAACCCCCGGCCUCCUUCGAGCGCGGCGCCAGGGUCCCGUCGGAAGCCCGCCAGUCCCGGGAGGACCCUGCGCAACGGGCGAGGCGGUGAGGCCGAACCCCUGGACCUGUCCCUGCGGGCGGGGCCGGGAGGCGAGGCUGGGCCGGGGGGUGCCCUCCACCGAUGCCUCUUCUGCCCCUUCGCCACCGGAGCCCCUGAGCUCAUGGCCUUGCACCUGCAAGUGCACCACAGCCGCAGGGCUCGGGGCCGCAGGCCGCCCCAGGCCGACGCGUCCCCGCCCUACGCCCCUGCACAAUCCGGAGAGACCCCUCCCAGUCCUCCUCAGGAAGGGGAGGAAGGCCCCGGGCUGCAGAGAGCGGGAGAGGCGGGGCUAGGGGGACAAGAACGGUAGGGAGCCCUCUUAGGGGCGGUUAGCUUAGUGAGCUCACCCCGCGGGAGCGGGGGAGCGCUAGAGGUAGUUGGGUAGAGCAGCCAGCAGGGGGCAGCGUGGGACCCAUAUCCCAGCCCCAGGCGGACCAGAGGUGGAGGGGGUGGAGGGCGUAGGAGGGUGGGCGGGCGCUACCCACCCAGCCCAGGGGAGAGUCACAGUGCCUUAGAAGUGGCAGGGGUGAGGAUCAAAGAACGGGGUCCCAGGGCUGGCAGAGGGUUGUGUCCCUGUUGAGGAGCCGCUCUGCCAGUCUUUGCUGGUCCAUAGGCGUGAGAGUUUAUUUUUGUACAAUGGGUGGGGGUGGGGGGCACUGUACCCUUCUAGCCCCUUCAGGGGCCCUGUAGACGUCGCUAUUUUUGGUACGAUUCCUGUCAUCCCUGUCGCAGAGUUGUGUCCCCAAUAAACAGGUGUCUUGAGGCACAGGGCGCUGUGUCUGUCUGCCUA